UUGUUUGAAACACGUGUGUUAUGUAAUCRCUCUUGACCGCGUCAUGAUUGGAGCCUGGUUACUAACGUUACUCGCAAUGGUCGAUGGGUACUAGUCCCACUCCUCCUCGGAUUUAAAGAUGGCUGACAAAGGAAGGCAAAGAGAAUCUUAUAAUUUUUGUUCAUUUGAAAAAUAAUUCAGACAUCUUUAAAUGUAUUGAUUUUUAUAACCAGUGAAAGAUUAUAAAGUAAAGACUAGUAUAGUUUGCUGAUAUGGGUAAAAAUCGCGAUAAACAAAGAACAAAAGGCAAUGUAAAGCCAUCCAGCAGUGGCCGAGCUGCAGCCCUGGUGACCAAAGAUGGCUCUCUUGGGUUUGUUGGAUUUGACGGUCAUGGCUCAGYUAAUUUAGGUUAUGUUCCCAUGACAACGAGCCUUGGAGAUGAAGUGGACAGUUCAGUUGACGCAGAUUUUAGAAUGGUAAUGAGAAAACUGACCAAGAGAGACUCUCUUACUAAGUACAAGGCUUUGCAAGAGUUCAGUGAAUUGUGUAAAAACUCAAAAUCAGAAGUUGUGGAAGGUGUGCUUCCRUUCUGGCCCAGACUCUAUAACAAACUUGCUCUGGAUAUAGACCACCGUGUAAGGGAAGCCACACAAGAAGCCAUGAUACAACUGGUUAAGAGAGUGGGUCGUAACCUUGCACCUCACCUCAAGUCACUGAUGGGUGUGUGGUUGUGUGCACAGUUUGAUAGCUAUGCAACUGUUGCAUCAGCAGCACAGCAUGCAUUUCAAGCUGCUUUUAAUGAAGCAAAGCAAAAUGAGGCUUUGAUGUUCUGCCGUCUUGGUUUGUGUGAGUAUCUUGAAGACAACAUGUUAAGACAGACAGCAGACACUCUAUCAGAUCCAAAAGUUGUGUCCAAAGAAGACAGAGACUCUAAAUAUCAUCGUGUUGUGGCAUCUUCUCUUCUGGCUCUUUGCCAUCUUAUAUCUGUCAGUAGUGCAGAAAUAAACUCAGAAAUGAAGGAAAGAUACCAGGAGAUCUUUGAGGAAAAGAAGUUAUGGAAGCUUGCCAGACACAGCUCACCACUAAUUCGCAGUGCUAUGUUUUCCUUGGUUAUCACAUCAUGUAUAAAGAUACCAUCAACCAUCCAGUCUGUCAGCUCUCAAGUCUGUCCUGUCAUCUURUCAUCUUUAGAUGAGUCUGAACCAGCAGUUUGUCAGAACCUCUGGGGUGCAGUACUGUUUGUUUUACGUACUAUUCCGAAUUGUUGGGAGCAAGUGAAUGUUCGCAAGGCUGUUUUACCAAAGCUAUGGUCAGUACUCAAGAGUGGUGGUUAUGGCUGUGCAUCUGUCAUCUAUCCAAGCCUCCUACCCUUCCUAAGCAAGAUACCACCCCAGGUAAUAGGACAAGGGAUAGCAUUCUAUCAAGAGUUCUUUGGUAAUCUACAAGAAGGUCUGAUGGAUCCAAAGGUGCUUUCCAGUCCAUCUGAAAGUGGUGUCGUCAUGACAACAUAUAUGGAAUGCCUACAGUACUGUUUGGUCAACCCUGUGUCGCAAAAUGGGAGUGCCAUGUCUAUAAGAGAAUAUCUGGUAAAAGAACAGUUGCUGCCAUUGAUAAAGAUGUCUCUGGAUCCUGGGACCAAACUACCCACAUUGCAACUGUACCUUGCCCUCAGUAAUUUACUAAACUAUUUGACRACAGCCAAUACAAGAAAAAGCAACACACCUGGAAUGGUUGCUAUAGAAACAGUUACUAUGGAAACUACUGGGGAUGAGAUUCCUAAUGAGAAUAUCAUUGCAGAAAUUAGUGCUGCAAGUAUUAGCGUGGAGCAACCUGUUUUAGAGGCAGACAUUAUUUUGAGCUGGUUUUGGCAAGGUUUUAGUUCUCUUUGUUUAUCUGUUGUUCAAGUAGAAAAUGACGAGAAGUUGGAUGUAGCUAUAGCUGAUCGUAUGACUCAUUGUCUUCUUUGCCUAAAGUCGCCUUCGUGCCUCACGAAAAGACAAAAGAAAAAUAAAGUUGCUUUUCACACCCCUGAAACAACAAGUGAGUCAUUGCAAGAAAAACCUGAUGAAAAGUCAACUAUGAAUCAAGAUACAAAACUAGAAGACUUGUACKGUGGUCAUCUUCUUGAACUAGCAACAGAAAUCUGUUCCMUGGCUCURAAAGAAGUAAARAACAAAAAACAAACUUCAUUCCAAUUGAAAAUUUUAUCUUCUCUUUUUCCACAAUUUGUUUCAAUAAAAUUAUUACAAGUAUUGCAGGAGAAGGAAGACUCCAAUUUGGAUGAUUUAGACAAACUUUGUGAGAAAUUCCUUGGUGCCGUCAUAUACCCGUUAUUUGCUGAUGUGGGAGAACACAGUCAGGAUAAUAUUUAUGUCAUCAGGAUGUUGUUUGGUGUUUUAAGCUUAUUCAGUCCUGAGGAACAAGUGAAGCACUUGAAUAAAUUAGCSGAGAUAAACAACAGUACAGACUUCUUGUUCAUCUUACUACAACAGGGAACACAAGCAAGUCUUCCUGGAAUACCUGCCUGGCUUAAUAGUCAGUCAGGAUCRGAGAGAAUACAAAAACUUCUCAGAUUAGCUUCAGUGGAAGAUCAUGACAAUGAUUCUUUAUGGGGAAUCUUACAUCUGUGUCUUUGUUGUGACAAGAAUGGUCCACUUGUUAAUAAACCCAGUGUGGACUUCAUAUUACAACAUUUUGUAGACAUUUUCCAUAGGAAAAUCACUACUUGUAUUAACAGGAUCUUAAYGAUACUUCAAGACUAUUUUGAGUGGUGUAAAAUCCAGACAGAUGACCUGAGCUCAUCGAUGGAAGACAUUCUCUUGGGAUUGUUUUUAAUGCAGUUUUCUCAACCACAAUUUCAAGAAGAAGUGCUUGUUUGUUGGCAUACUGGUCUACAAGCAUUCAGUAUUCAGUAUUCCAGCUGUGACAUGCUGCUUGUUAGGACGGCAGCCAUCAUCACUGAGAGAUUGAAGACAGCAGAUUCUAUUGAUAGUAUCCUCAGCCUUACUGGUGCAGCUGUGCGACUUCUUCAGGACACAUCU